AAGAAAAGAUUCGAAGAUCGGAGUUUAAAAGAAUAGAAAAAAAAAAACGACAAUAAAAUUUUUACGUGCAUUUUUACGAGAUUUUUAUUUUUUUUUGUCAAAUACCUUGAUGAUCGAAUAAGUUUUAAUAUUAAUACUCGUAAUUUUUCAUUUUAAAUUUUUUAAAUGAUUUUUUUUUCUCUUGUUUAAUUUGACUUUAAAUAUUUUUUAAUUAUAAAUUUAUAUAACGUAUUUUAGUUUUUGCUUCACAGCGCCAGUUAAAUAAAAUUUUAAGAUUCCAAAAUUAAUCUAUUAUACAAUUUUAUGGAAUAAAUUAUAGAAAAAAAAAUCAAUACGAAAAUAACAAAAUAAAGAAAAAAACAAAAAAUAAAAGAUAAAAAAAAAAAAAGUAAUUUAAAUGAAUGUCAAAGAAUGACGUAAAAUAAACGUUUCUUCACUGAUAACAACAAACAAGGAAUAGUAACAAUAAAAUAAAAAAAAAGUAAAAACAAAAAACAAUAAUAAAUUUUUAAACCUGAUGUUAAAAAACAAACAAAAAUAACAAUAAAAUAUUUUGUAGAAAGCACACAAACCCACCACGAAUUUGUUGAAAUAUAGAAAGGAAAAAUGGAAAAUAGGAAAAUUCUUUUUGCAAUAAUAAUAAAAACAAAAUAGAGAAGCCAAAAAUUCAUAAUAGAAUACUAAAAAAAAAUUUAAUUUUAAUUCUCACCAUCCCAACUUUACGUAUUAUGCGUAUAUUUUUGUAUGUUUUGUCGUAACAUUAAGAGAUACUUAAAUGAGAGGUCAAACAUUAGCGAUAAAAUGUUAUCAGUGUCAUGUAGGUGUAUAUGUGUAUCAAAUUGGCAAUAAUACGAAACAGCCAGCAUUGUGUUCAAAAUUUGAUUGGUCUGAAGAUUAUAUUGUGGAUUGCCCAUUUUCAACAAUGUGCUUAAAAAAAGUUCACAAAUAUGUAUUAAAUGAUAACGGUGAUACUAUUGAGACUGUUUUAAGGGAUUGUGCUAGUCAAAAAUAUCGUGAUCAAGUAUUUCGACAAGGCGGUUGGCAAGAGGAACACCGUAUUGAGGAACCUUAUCAGGAAGGAUGCGAAGAAUUAAUACCAUCAGAAAAAGCUACAAUAUCAACAUAUUGUCAUUGUCGUGGCAAUUUAUGUAAUUCUGCAACAAAAGAAUCAAAUGGUUUACAUACUGAUGCAAUGGCAGUUAUUUUUGUAUACAACGCCCUUAAAUAUUUAAAUAGUGGUUUAAUACGAUAUUAAAAAUAUACGUUAGGAUAUAAUGAAAAAAAAAAUUGCUUGUAGUUAGAUAAAAGAUAUAAAAUAAAAAAAUAGAGAAAUGGUAAAAAUAUAUAAUAAUAUAACAGUAUAUUAUGUAGGUUUAUGAUAAACAGAGAAAAAUAAUUUUUGAAACAAUGUCUGUAUAUAGAAUAUAAUUUAAGUUUUUUAUUAUUUUUUUACACAUCUUAAAUAUUAUUAUAUGUUGUGAUAUAAAUUUUAUUAAAGUAAUUAUCUAUGUUUGAACUCAAAAAAAAUGUAUGAAGAUAAUGCAAGUGUCUUAAUAUUCCAGAUUAAUAAAUAAAGAUUAGA